AUGUGCCUGCCCCUGGUGAUCCGGGACUUGACAAGUCUGGCGCGGAGUCCGGAAGAAGAAUCCAUGGAGCAACACUGGUACAAGGCGCAGGGCAUUUGCGGGCUGCAGCAAUUGACAGGUUUAUGUCACUCUUCGGAGUUGUCCAUCCAGCGCAGUAAACUGCGGGCUCACAGGCCAACGGCCACACUCUCAGUUAGACUGCGAGGCAAUAGCAUCCAUCGAACAUCCUUGGGAUCACCUGACAACGAUACAUGGCAUGGAACACUUCGGACAGCAGCUUCAGUCAAGGAGUACCUCUUCAAUGGACAAGGCAAUCAACGAGUCAAGUACCGCCAUGCCCUAUCAAGCUGCGAAAGAGAACUGGGCCAGCUCCAGACGGUAUCGAUGGAUUUUCCCCAGUCACAAAAAUGCGACAGGAUCAUAAUGAAACGACAGCGGCUCAUCCCAGGCAGAUCGACAGCAAUGCGAUCAGCCGGUACGAGCGAACCAUACAAGCCAUUUUCGGGCAUCCCACGGGCGCCACACCAAGCGCAAGGUCUAUCGAGACUCCCGAGAUUCUGGAGCUUGCAGGAAAACAGAGACGAUAUCGGCUCGGAUCACCGAAGACAAGCAAGCAUAUCGCAACAUGAUGCGGCCAACGAGGCAUAUAAGGCGUGCAGUGUGGGAAGGCAUAAGCAAUUGUCUGGGAAUUAUGGCCCUGAGUGGUUUCGCAGGCAAUAUUGGAUAUAUGAGGUCGCGACAUCGUUCCUGAAGGAGAGCUGCUGCUUUGUCGAUCCACGCCCAUGUCGAUGGCGUUGCCGCCUAUCAGGUCUGCAGCGUGAGAGGAUGAGUAUCUUGGAAGCUAAGAAUGGACGUCUCGGAACUCUGUACGACAUACUUGCCAUCCUGUCGCCCAGCAACUUUCCGAAAACUUGUUGCCAUGGUCAGAAAGAGCAGGAGGCCGAAGACAUCAGGCCCAGGUCGAAAGGCCAGAAUGAACAUAGCGCCACGAUUGCGAUUGUUCUCGAGAUCGAAGCCGCAUUUUGCGCGACGAGACACGCUUCCAAUGGAAUAUGCAGGAAGAGAAUUACACGAAGACAAGUUCGCAUAAUGCCAGGACUCCCAGCUAGUCGUCCAUCGAGAGGACACCACCAGCAUCAAUCACCUCAACCAAUACCAAACUAA